AUGGCACCUCCAAAGCAAAGCCAAAGACAGUCUCAAGAAAGCCAACCCAAAUUGGCAGACCUCCAAUUUGAACGCAGGAACCAAAACAUGGUCAAACUCCCGAAAUAUGCCCGCGUCACCAAACGCCCCAUCCCACACGCUCCCAUCUCGUCUCCCUACGCUGGCGCCUCUAUCCCAAAAACAAUAUACGUUUCCUCGUCAACACCGUACAUGUCCGCUGUGAAACGCGUUCAAAAGCUCCUCCUGCAAGCGGAGAAGCGCGCGACAACGUCCCUCGCAAACAAAAAUAACAAGAACAAGUAUGGUGGCAAAAGUGCCCCGCAAAAGAAACUAGGCGAGCAGACACAGACACAGCAGGAACAGCUCAUUGCGGCGAUGGCGAGGGGUGAAGACCGUGAGUUGCUUGAUAAGGAAGAGGUCUUUGUUAAGGCCACUGGGAAGGCGAUGCAGACUGCGUUGAAGGUGGGAAGGUGGUUUGGGAGUCAUGGACGGGAAGAGGAGUAUAAGGUGAGAGUUAGCACAGGGGCGGUGCUUGUUGUUGAUGAUGUAGAGGAGGAUGAGAUGAGCAAAGGGGGUUUCUUGAGGAGCGGUGAGAAGAAUACGAAGGGAGAGAUGAUUGAGGCUGAAGCCGGGGCUGCAGAUGUGGAUGUGGAUAUGGAAGCCCAGGGUGCCGCGAGUGCACAUAAAGGAGACGACACGACUCUAUUGACCACGACAACCGGAACUGAGGCGGACGAUACAACAAUCAUGACUGAAACCGAGGCUGGAAAGUCAUCGGAGCCUACGGACGCUGCAACGAAGCCAAAGGCAGAAUCCAAACCCCUCUCUAAAUCAGCCCUGCGAAAACGAAAACGUGCUGCGAACAUGGCCGCCUCGCUUGCGGAGACGGAGUUGCCGGAGACUAGGACCAGAUGGGUCAACUCUGUCGAGGUUGCAGUGUCUUUGAGCUACACACCGACAGCGCUCCGACCCGGUCCCAUUCUGUAA